UGUUCUCAACCUUUGAUCCUUUGAUAAGUUUAGAACAAACAUGGAGUCCAUUAGCAGAGACAUGAAGCAUCUCUUCGUCUUACUACUGCUCAUCAUCGCUUCUAUCCCAUCAUGCACUGGGAUCCCUGAAGGCGUGGGUUUGGAAAAGUCUGAGGCCAGCGGUUUCCUCCAUCGAACUCGUCGAGCAAACUUUUUCCUGGAGGAAAUCAAGACAGGCAAUCUGGAGCGUGAGUGCAUCGAGGAGAAAUGUUCCUAUGAGGAGGCCAGGGAGAUUUUCGCCCACCCACAACAGCUGGAGAACUUCUGGAGGACAUACACAGCUGUGGACAAAUGUUUGUCCUCUCCCUGUAAGAAUGGAGCGACGUGCACUCGAAACAUCGACACCUAUAUCUGCAAAUGUCCACCAGGUUUCCAUGGAUACAACUGCGAAAAAGUGCGUUCUUACACCCCCAGCUGUCGCUACAGAAAUGGAGGAUGUGAACAUUUCUGUAGAGAGCUUCAGCGUGGCUCUCCCAUAUGCUUUUGUGCUCCGGGAUACAGACUUGAACUGGACAACAGUACCUGCAUGCCUGAAGAUGCUGUGGUCUGCGGAAGGCCUCAGGUACAUUUUGCCCCCAGGGUUGUUAAUGGGAUAAUGUGUCCCAAAGGACAUUGUCCGUGGCAGGCUCUUCUGGCUGAAAAUAACCAAUUCUUCUGCGGUGCCAUCGUCUUGUCAGAUCGAUGGCUUUUAACUGCAGCUCACUGUGUUUAUCAAAAACCUAGCACCGUGCUCCACAUCGUUGUUGGUGAGCAUGACAUAAUUGAAGAGGAAAAAACAGAACAGUGGCGGCGGGUGCUCAAAGUUGUGUGCCAUGAAGACUACAACGUGACUAGCUCCGACAGCGACCUGGCUUUGUUGAAACUUCACCGCCCAGUAAAACUGGGCCGCCACGUCGUGCCCAUCUGCCUUCCUGCCCGCAAUAGCACCUUCACCCGGACGCUGGCAAGCAUCCGCCACUCGACUGUGUCUGGUUGGGGUCGUCUGGCAGAGUUUGGCUCUACCUCAAGAUACCUGCAGCGUCUGCAGCUGCCGAGGGUCCCGGUGCAGGAGUGCCGCCUCCACACCGGGCUCAACAUCACCAAGAACAUGAUAUGUGCUGGCUUCAAGCGUGGUGGCCAGGAUGCUUGCAAGGGUGACAGCGGGGGCCCACUGGUGACACGCUACAAGAAAACCUGGUUCCUUACAGGUGUGGUGAGCUGGGGGAAAGGCUGCGGCCAAGAAAACAUGUACGGCGUCUACACGAAGGUCACAAACUUCCUGGACUGGAUUGAGAAUAUCAUGGCAACUGGCUAAAAUUGGUUUUAGUCACUGUGUCAAAGCAGUUCAAGAGUUAAAGAGAGUAAGAAUCCAGUGUUAGAAACAUUAGAUCAGUAAUCACUGUGAAGGAGACACAAAUGCAUAAAAAUAAUAUUCAUUUUCUGAUGCUGUGCUCAAAUAGCUUUAACUUCCACACCUUCAUGUACCUAAAAAAUGCCAGAGAUGUAGUUUCAGAAGCUUUUUGAACAAAAAAAGAAUUUUUGACUGUCAGCUGGAGGAAUUUCAUCACAAUAAAAUUGGUCCUGAGAAAAAUCCAAAAUCAACAAACUAAAAAAUUAUUUGUUUUUCAAGUAAAUUAAUGGCCUGUAUUUGUAGAUAUAAAUUAAUCUGCUAGAAACUUUGAAGUUUUCUACAGUGAUGGUAAAUGUAAACCAUCAACCAACAAUCAGUUUAAUCUAAAAGAUGCAAAGACAUCAGUUCACUCGACAUGUUGAAAUGUUGUUUUUUGACAAUAAAGAUGAAGUUCAGUGUU